AUUAUUAAACAUACCCAGAAUCAACGAUGUGUAGUUUGUAUUUAGUGGACAGCCUUGAAUGUUGAACUACAGAAUAAAAUAUUAAGGUUUAAAUAAUUCCUCUUGAUUCGCAAGUGAAAACUCGUGGAGACAAGAUGGAAGCCAAACUACCGGUCAUCCUCUUUCUCCUAGCAAUUAAACAGCAAACGUCCGAAAUAGAAGCCACUCCUAUCGCCGAAGUGAACGUAAACAAUUUCGGAGAUGACUGGGAUUACAAAGUGGAGCCAAACAAAAUGCCAGUUUUGAGCGAAUCGCCAAAAAAUCACAAUUUGCCUCCGCCAGCCAAGGUCGAAAUACCGGAGAAGAAGUUCGUCAAGCCGGCUCCACUACCAGAACGAGUCGCCAAAAAAAUCGGAGAUGCUGUUAGAGCACGAGUUUCUUGCCCGAUAUGUAGAUUAGGAGUGGGCCUCUUACAAAAGGAAGUCAAAAGAAACACAAGCUUUGAGGACAUCCGAACCAAAUUUGUGGGACUUUGCGUCGCCUUCAAAGUCGAAGGUGAGGACGUGUGUGCCGGAAUCUUCGACGUGUUCGGCCCCGAUGUCUUACCAGCGCUCCGAGUGGUGCAAAUUGGUCCUGACGAGAUUUGCGCUUUAGUCCUUGGCGAAGUCUGCGGUAACGUUAAAAUACCCCUCCACGAGUGGCAAGUGGAAUUUCCCGACGUCCCCAAGCCCAACAUCACGAAACGCGACGUACCAAAAGCAGGUUUGCCGACUUUCAAGGUUUUGCAAAUUUCCGAUACUCACUUUGACCCCGAUUAUGUCGUGGGGAGUGUGGCCAACUGCGAGGAGCCCCUCUGUUGCCGCAGCACCAGCACUCCGCCCUUGGUGGGCGAAGUGGCUCCAGCCGGGAAAUGGGGCAGUUACCAAAAGUGUGACGCACCCAAAGUUUUGAUUGAUAACAUGUUGAAAAGCAUAGCGGAAGAGCAUCCUGACAUAGAUUAUGUUAUUUGGACCGGUGAUUUGCCCCCUCAUGACAUUUGGAACCAGACCAAGCAAAGCAACUUGGACAUAAUCAGCGAAACGGUGGAGCAAAUGUUUGAACACUUCCCCAACACUCCUAUUUUUCCAGCGUUGGGGAACCAUGAAUCUAUCCCGGCUGGGAGUUUUGCCCCACCAUGGGUCCAGGACCCCGACAGGUCCAUUGCCUGGCUGUACACCAAGGUGGCCGACCAUUGGAGGAAAUGGUUGCCGGCGAGCGCCGGCAAUACGGUACUCCAUGGAGGGUUCUACUCUGUUUUAAUCAGACCAGGAUUCCGCAUUAUUUCGCUCAAUAUGAACUACUGUCACACCCUUAGUUGGUGGCUCAUAGUCAACAGUACCGACCCAGCCAAGGAAUUAAAAUGGCUAGUGUAUGAGUUGCAAGAGGCUGAAAACAAUGGCGAAAAAGUCCACCUAAUUGGCCACAUCCCGCCUGGAAGUUCCGACUGUAUGAAGGUAUGGUCCCGCAACUUUAAUAAAAUAAUCGAACGGUAUGAAAACACGAUCCAAGCCCAAUUCUACGGUCACACACAUGCCGAUGAAUUCGAGGUUUUGUACGACGUUGAAGAAAGCAGCCGACCAAUCAAUGUGGCUUAUCUGGGACCUUCAGUUACCACUUUCGAAAAUCACAAUCCAGCUUAUCGCAUAUAUUAUGUAGAUGGUGACCAUGAAAACACCACCAGAGAAAUUCUCGACCAUGAGACUUGGACUUUUGACUUAGAGGAAGCCAAUAAGGGUAAUAGCGACCCGAAAUGGUACCGAUUAUACUCAGCCAAAAAUGCCUACAAAAUGGACUCUCUCCGCCCGGAAGCUUGGGCAAAACUCAUUAAUGACCUAGUCGAAAGCCCGGAUUUAUUCGAACUAUUUUACAAACAUUAUUAUAGAGACAGCCCAGUGAGACCAACCUGUGACCGUAAAUGUAAGCUCCAAAUAUUGUGUGACCUCAAAAGUGGAAGAUCCCACGUCAAACACCAGUUAUGUCACGACUUAGAAUUAACCUUCGGUUCGUAAAUAAAAUAUUAUUUCGUA